AUGCUUCGUGCUGUAGCCACCGCCUUCACAAUGCCGUCCCUCCACAUUGCGGCCGUCGCCUGGCUGGCCGUGGGCCUCGUCGAGCACGCCCUGGCCCAGGACUUCCGCGCCAACCAGUACAUUGUCGAGUAUGCGUCGCAGAGCAACGCGCUGCGGGCCCGCGAUACCCUGGCCAGCGUGGGCGACAUCCGCGUGCGCAAGACGUACAACAGCGCCGUCUUCUCGGGCGUCAGCAUCGAGACAGAGGCCUUUGCCCUCGACGACCUGGUCGCCAUGCCCGAUGUGGCCAACGUCUGGCGCAACCACAUCCACAGGCUCGAUCCCAUGCAGAUGGCUGCCGAGGCCGCUGAGUUUAGGGAACUCGAUGGCAUCGUCCACAACACGACAGGUGUGGCCAAGCUCCAUGAGGACGGCAUCCUGGGCGAGGGUGCCCUGGUCGGUGUCGUGGACACGGGCACCUGGUAUGAGCAUCCGGCCCUCGGUGGCUGCAUCGGACCCGAGUGCAAGGUCACCGGUGGCCAUGACCUCGUAGGCGACGAACCCUGGCGUCCCGGCCUGGAGAAGGCGCCCGACUCGGAUCCCAGGGACAAUCAGGGCCACGGCACCCACGUGUCCGGCAUCGUCGCCGGCGAGAACGACUACUGGAGCGGCGUGGCGCCCAGGGCCAACCUGCGCUCGUACAAGGUCUUCUCGGCCGCCGACAGCCCCGAGUCGGACGACGAGACGGUCAUCGAGGCGUUCCUCAUGGCCGCCGACGACGGCUGCGACAUUAUCACCUGCAGCAUCGGCAACUUCAACGGGUGGCCGCAGAACGCCUGGGCCGUCGUGGCGGACAGGCUGGUCAGCGAGGGCAUCUUCAUCUCCGUCUCGGCGGGCAACGAGGGCGCUGCUGGUCCGUUCUUUGGGAGCACGGGCUCGUCUGGCAAGGAUGUGCUGGCCGUCGCGUCCAUCUCGGCGGAUCAGCUGCCUGCGAGUUCAUGGACAGCCAUCUACGGCCAGGACGGCGACAAUGAUACAGCCACAGAGGCCUAUCUGCCCGCGACGGACAGCUUCCCCGAGUCCGUCAACGGGUGGGAGAUUCGCCCGCUCAACCUUGACACGACCGUCGUCGACGAUGCCUGCACGCCGUAUCCCGAGGACACCCCCAAGCUCGACGGCGUCAUCCCCCUCGUGCGUCGCGGCACGUGCGCGUUUGUCGUCAAGGCUGAGAACCUGGCGGCCCUCGGAGCCAAGUACAUCCUCUUCUACAACAACGAAGGCACCAUCACGACGCCGCAGAGUGUCGAGGGUGUCCUCGCGGCCAUGCUCACGGCCGAGACGGGCGCCAAGAUCAUCGAGACGGUCGCGGCGGGCGGCCACGUCACGGGCGACUUCUCCUCCGACUCGGACACUCCCGCCUUUGUCGACUGGCCUGCCGCCGGCAAGGCGAGCGACUUCACCUCCUGGGGCGCCCUGAACGACUUGACCGUCAAGCCAGACAUUGGUGCGCCUGGUGGCCAGAUCUACUCGACCUACCUAGACAACGGCUAUGCCAUCCUCUCGGGCACCUCCAUGGCCUGCCCCUACGUCGCUGGCGUGGCUGCUCUGUGGGUUGGUCAGAACGGUGGUCGCAAGGCCCUCGGCAAGGGCUGGGCGCGCUCUCUCGGCCGCCGCAUCAUCAGCAGCGGACAGCCCAUCCCCUGGUACCACGCCUCGGUGACCUAUCCCGAGUUCGAGGCGCCCGUCGAGCAGGUCGGCACGGGCCUCAUCGACGCCUGGAAGGUCCUCCACUACGACACGCAGCUCGACUUUAAGACCAUGGGCCUCAACGACACGCACUACUUUAGCCGCUACCACGACGUCGUCCUGACCAACGACGGCAAGGAGAGCAUCGAGUACACCUUUAGCCACGCCCCCGCGGCCGGCAUCGAGACGUACACGUGCGACGGCGACGACGACUGCCGCGUCAAGACGUGGGCCGAACUCGAGGCCAUCCCCCUCGAGGUCGACGUCAAACUCCCCCGAUCCUUCACCCUGAAGCCUGGCCAGAGCAAGACGGUCUCGGUCAACUUUGCGAACCCGGACAAGAAGGGCUGGAAUGCAGAGGCCCUGCCCGCCUACAGCGGCAACAUUCGCAUCACGGGCAGCAAUGGCGAGGAGCUGGCCGUGCCCUACUUUGGACUCGCCGCCAACCUGAAGCAGGUCGUCUCGCCCAUCUACCGCGCCGGCUACCCGACGGCCGUGUCCACGCCCAACGACACCUCGAUCGACGAGGACGCGACCUUUUCUUUCGACAACAGCGACGACGUGAUGGAUUUCCCUCGCAUCGUCGCCCGCCUCAAGUGGGGAUCGGCCCAGAUCCGGUGGGAUAUCUUCGAGUCCGACUGGACCGAGCGCAAGUGGUCCUGGCCCCUGACCCCCGGGGAGAACGGCUACGUCGGGACCGUCCACGGCCUCGACAAGUCUACCGGCUCCGUCGACUACCCCAACGUCACGGUCACCUUCCCCGUCGUGUGGACGAACCGCAACGGCGACGCCGCCGAGAACCAGCUCCUGCACGAGUACUGGUGGCCCGAGGGUCUGCUCGGGAACGGCUCCAAGAUCGAGCCGGGCACGUACACGAUGCGCUUUGCUGCGCUCAACCCGUUUGGCGUUCCGGAGCAUGGCAACAACUGGAGCGUGUUCAAGACGCCGAAGAUUACCAUUGUUGAGUAG